AUUCUAUGGUCUUCAAAUUUGCAAGACUGCUUUAAGUGGAGAGAUGACCUCACCCAUGGCCUCCUUCUUGUACAGCUUGGCUCUCCUACCUUUACUCGCAGCAGGUGAUGUUCCUCCUCCCUGCAAUUUCCCAUUCAUUUACAAAGAGAAGUCCUACUCUGAAUGCACCAACGUUGAUUCUUCCAAUGAGACGCUGUGGUGUGCCACAACCGCCAGCUAUAAUGAGCAUCAGCAACGGAAGCCUUGUGCCCUCAAUGAAUAUGGAGGAACCUCCAAUGGGCAGCCCUGUGUCUUCCCGUUCAUCUACAAGAACCAGACAUACUUUACCUGCACUAAUGAAGAUCAUGGAGACCAAAGAUUCUGGUGUGCCACAACGGGGAGCUACGAUGAGAGAGAAAGGUGGAGCUACUGUGCGGACACACGACUAAAUGCAAAUCCCAAAGGGCCAUGCACCUUCCCUUUCAUCUACAAAGGCCAAUCCUACUUAUCUUGUACAACAGAUGGAGACUCCAAUGGGAAGCUCUGGUGUUCCCUCAGCAAAAACUAUGAUCAGAACCCUCAGUGGACAUACUGUGAGCCCUCAGAGCAUCGCCCAUGUACCUUUCCCUUCGUUUUCAACAAUGAGUCCUACUCCGCGUGCACCGGGGAUGGAGGUGACGAUAACAUACUGUGGUGUGCCACAACAGAUAACUAUGACAGGGAUGGGAAAUGGAAGUUGUGCGCCCUUCAAGCAUAUGAAGGCAACUCCAAAGGCAAGCCCUGUGUCUUCCCCUUCACCUAUGGCAAUCAAACGUACUCCACCUGCACCAAUGAGAAUGAGGAGGAUGGGAGAUUUUGGUGUGCCACGACAGCAACCUAUGACAGCGACAAGGAAUGGAGCUACUGCGCCGAUACAGCUGUCUCCGGGAGAAGAAGUCUACGUUGCCAGUGCAUUCAAACGCAGUCUAAAAUGAUCCCAGUAAGGCUUAUUGCUGAAGUAAAACUCACUGAAAAGGGGCCUCAUUGCGCCGUUACUGAAAUCAUCGCCACCAUGAAGAAUGGGAGGCAAAUCUGCCUGGAUCCCAACGCAAAAUGGGUCCAGCUGAUUGUGACCGCAAUGCUGAAGCGUACUGAAAAUCAGCCAGCGCAAUGAUGGAGGCUUUGAUCACGCAUUACAACAUACAAAUGUCAAAGGACACCAUCCAACAGGAAGUUUUCCUGCUAAUUCUUCUGGAUUGGGAAAAAAUGAUUUAACAAAGGAAUGCCACACUGUACACAUGAACAUAAAAAUUUCUAAUCUCA